UCGCCAAAAAUAUCUCGACCCCCCUUUGCCCACUUUUUCCGUGCCCUCGUCCCCGUAUUUCCCCCUCCCCGGAUCCACCCAUCCCGUUCGCCAGCUCCGCCCUCGCUGCUUCCCCGUGCGCCACCGUCAGGGUAUAGCUCACACAUGUUCUAGAUCGUUUGUCAGAGUUUGUGCUUCAGAUGGCUGGGGCGCUGCACAGUUCUUGUUGUCCGGCUCUGUUAUUGUUGGCUGUGCUGUUAGUCACUUUGUCUCCUGGCAAUGCAUUCUACUUGCCUGGCAGCUACAUGCACACAUACUCACAAGGUGAGGAUAUAUGGGCAAAGGUUAAUUCACUCACGUCCAUUGAGACCGAGAUGCCGUUCAGCUACUACAGUCUGCCAUACUGUCUUCCACCUGGCGGCAUCAAGAAGAGCGCCGAGAACCUGGGCGAGCUUCUCAUGGGUGACCAGAUCGACAACUCACCCUACCGGUUCCGUGUGAAUGUCAAUGAGUCCCUCUUCCUCUGCACCACAAAAGGGCUUAAUGAGAAUGAUGCAAAGCUUCUCAAGCAGCGAGCCCGUGAUCUUUAUCAGGUGAACAUGAUGCUGGACAAUCUGCCUGUCAUGCGUUUCGCUGAGCAGAAUGGUAUCACAGUACAGUGGACUGGCUUUCCUGUUGGUUACACUCCUGCUGGUAGUGCUGAUGAUUAUAUCAUCAACCAUUUAAAAUUUAAGGUCUUGGUCCAUGAGUACGAAGGAACAAAUGUAGAAAUCAUUGGUACUGGAGAAGAAGGAUCUGCUGUCAUUUCCGAGAUGGACAAGAAGGGGAUGUCUGGGUAUCAGAUUGUUGGUUUUGAGGUUGUGCCUUGCAGUGUGAAGCGUGACCCCGAGGAUUUCUCUAAGCUUAACAUGCAUGACAACAUUGAACCUGUGAGCUGCCCGGUGGAGCUUCGAAUGUCCCAAGUGAUCAGGCAACAGGAGAGGAUCACGUUUACCUAUGAUGUAGAGUUUGUGAAGAGUGACAUCAGGUGGCCAUCUAGGUGGGAUGCUUAUCUGAAGAUGGAGGCUGGUGCCAAGGUCCACUGGUUCUCUAUAAUGAACUCCCUCAUGGUCAUCUUGUUCUUGGCAGGAAUUGUCUUUAUUAUAUUCCUGAGAACUGUCAGGAGGGAUCUCACCACAUAUGAAGAGCUCGACAAGGAAGCGCAAGCACAGAUGAAUGAGGAGCUAUCUGGGUGGAAGCUUGUUGUUGGAGAUGUGUUCAGAGAGCCAACUUGCCCGAAGCUGUUAUGCAUCAUGAUUGGUGAUGGAGUUCAAAUUCUGGGCAUGUCAAUUGUAACGAUUGUUUUUUCCACGCUUGGGUUCAUGUCUCCAGCUUCAAGAGGAAUGCUUCUAACUGGAAUGAUUAUUCUCUAUCUAUUCCUUGGUAUUGUAGCUGGGUAUGUCAGUGUUCGGCUAUGGAGGACUAUUAAAGGAACGUCUGAAGGAUGGAGAUCACUGUCAUGGUUAACUGCUUGCUUUUUCCCUGGUGUCAUGUUUACGGUCCUUACUAUCUUAAACUUCGUGUUGUGGGGAAGCAGGAGCACUGGAGCUUUACCUAUAUCAUUAUUUUUCACCCUUCUGGCUCUGUGGUUCUGUAUCUCUGUGCCGUUAACACUUGUCGGUGGCUUCCUUGGUACAAGAGCAGAUCAAAUUGAAUUCCCUGUUCGCACCAACCAGAUUCCUAGAGAGAUCCCUGCACGGAAAUAUCCAUCAUGGCUUCUGGUCCUUGGAGCAGGCACGCUGCCAUUUGGAACCCUGUUUAUUGAGCUGUUCUUCAUUCUGUCGAGCAUCUGGCUUGGAAGGUUUUACUAUGUGUUUGGCUUCCUGCUGAUUGUCCUGCUGAUGCUUGUCAUUGUUUGCGCCGAGGUAUCUGUUGUCCUUACAUACAUGAAUCUCUGUGUUGAGGACUGGAGGUGGUGGUGGAAGGCUUUUUUUGCUUCGGGCUCAGUUGCUCUCUACGUGUUCCUCUACUCCAUCAACUACUUGGUCUUUGAUCUCAGAAGCCUGAGCGGGCCUGUCUCUGCAAUGCUCUACAUCGGCUACUCAUUCCUCAUGGCAUUCGCGAUCAUGCUCGCCACUGGAACCAUCGGCUUCUUGACCUCAAUAUCCUUUGUGCACUACCUCUUCGCGUCUGUGAAGAUCGAUUGAUGGAUGGUUGCUAUAUCAACGGCCUUCUGUAUCUGUAUUGCUAAAAGUAUGUGCAUGAGUUUCACCCAUGAGAUGCGCAGUUUAAUGAGGUGAUUUUGAUCAACUACAGUUGUUUUUAGUAGAGGUUGAUGCCGUUUUUCCGUAGUAAAUGUAGCUUGGUUGUUCAACUGGAGAUGUUCUCUUAGUAGAUUCUGGUCAACUGCUACACUUAUUCAGAUAGAUACUGCAAACCAUAUCUACGAAGUGUUAAGGACCAAUGACGAUGAAAUUCUAAUCUGUGAGUGGCAAGGCAUGAUAGCCACCUAUUUUGUAAAAGAUCUUAAUGUGUGAAAACGACAUUAUUUGCUA